AGUAUUCGCAUUUUCUAUCAGCGCUACAACCAGAAGACUGGUUUUGUCUGUCUAUCUGGUUCUUUAUAAAUGUAUUUAUAUCUCAUCUCUAAAGCUACGUGCAAGCAAUAUGGCAGAUGAUGUUUUGUUUGAAUUUCUCCACAUGGAGAUUGUGUCUCAUGUUUACAAAGUACAGGCGAUCCGGGGGGACAUUGAUAAGGAAAGAGUGACAUGUGUAUCUACUCUGGAGGCAAUGGGCUUCAGAGUUGGACAAGGUCUGAUCGAAAGGUAUACAAAAGAUUGCCCCAGUUUUAAAGAUGACUUGGAUGUUAUGAAGUUCCUCUGUAAAGACUUCUGGAGCACCAUCUUCAGAAAACAAAUUGACAACUUGAGGACCAACCAUCAGGGCACAUUUGUCUUACAAGAUAAUAAAUUUACAUUGCUGACACAGUUGUCCAAUGGAAAGCAAUACCUUGAAGAAGCCCCUAAAUAUUUGGCCUUUUCUUGUGGUAUGAUCCGGGGAGCUCUGUCGAAUCUGGGCUUGGAGGGUGUUGUGACCGCAGAAGUAUCUGUAAUGCCAUCAUGCAAAUUCCAGGUUGUAGUUCAGAAAAGCUAAGAUGACGUAGCAGCCGGCAUGUUAUAACCAGUAAACAGCCAGGUUUGAACAAAACUUUAUGAAUGUGACUUACAUGGAUUUACAUUCUGAAUGGUUACAUCAGAAUGGCUGUUUGUAAUGUUAUGUUUGAUAUAAUGCUGUUUGCAUUUAAGUAAGACAGUUACAUCUAUUCACUGUUGUAAUUCAUGCAUAUACAACUGUUUUGAUGUUCUACGCCAAAAUAUAUACUUUUGAUAAUAAUAGAAACAUUCAUAAUCUACCUCGACCUUACAGUUAAUGAAUAAUAACAGAAGGAAAGUUUCAUAAAAGUGACUUUUCUUAGCUGAAAUUCUUUUGAUAAAUUGAAAAGUUACUUUACAUUUUAUAGACACUUUGUGUCGAUAAAACAUUAGGAAUGUUUGAUGUUAAAUAUUGUAUAACAUCAAAUGUUGUAUAGUUUUAUUAAAAAUGUAAGUUAUUUUCACAACUUUGUAUGACAAAUUAACUAAUACUUAUCAGAGGUGCAAAGACGUUUUAAGUAUGUUUUCCUUUUGCUUCAUUUUGAUGCAUAAUAUUGUACUUUAUACUUCACUACAUUACAUAAUGUAACAUUGUUUUUGCAUGUAAUACUUAUACAUCUCAUAUAAAUUUCAUUCAGUACUUAACAACAUUAAAAAUGUACUUUAUUAUUCAUUCUCAAGUAAAACUUUAAGUACUUGAGUAAAAGUAAUUAAGUAGGCCGUACUUAAUAUUUAAUGUAGUUAAGUAUUAAGUGAAAUUUAUACAAUGUAGUGGAGUAAAAAGUAUGAUUUUAUGCUUUAGAAGUAGUGAAGGAAAAAUGCUCAUAAAGCACAGAUACUUAUGUGCUUGAAUAAAGUAAAAAUUCAUACUUUACACCUCUGUUAAUUAUACAGAGGGAAUAAUUAGAUUUGGCUAAAACAUCAAACAGCUCUUUUCAUUUUUAAAAAUUUUAGCGUUUUUGAUCAAGGUGUAUUUGGUGAUUUUUUUAUUUUUUAUUACUAAAAUGUAGUUUCUUCUGUACACCAGAAGAGGGCAGCAUUUGUCAGUCAUGUGCAGGUCAAAUUCUGCUAUUCCAGAGUAAAAAACUGAGCAGAAAACUGUCCGAGAAAGUUGUCUUUAAUGGAUUUGUACAAGGUUCUUACGCUUAAGUUUGUCUGGGAUCUCUUUCAGCUCAGUUAAUCAAAGCCUUUAUGUUUUGUUUGUUUGUUUGUUUUUUGCGGGUACAGUUUUGAAUUGUUUAAAAUCGGAUAAUUGAACUGCUUGUUUACAGUAUAUUGUGUUUGCUUGUUGUUUAAUGCACAUUUCUGAAUAAAUGUAUAAAUAUUAAAAUAAUGAUUGAUUUAAAACAAA